AUGGCAACUUCCUCGUCACCGAUCUCAUUCAUCCCUGCGAGAGACAUCCCACCGCUUACCAAGAAAGUGAUUCUGGUCACUGGCGGUACCGCAGGCCUGGGCAAGCAAUCGAUAUUGGAGUUCGCAAAGCAUGAUCCUGGCCACCUCUGGCUGGCCGCACGCAAUGUUGCCAAGGCGCAGGAAACGGUUAAUGAAGUCGUCAAGUCUGUUCCCAAUGUCCGUAUCAGCAUCUUGGAGCUAGACCUCGGCUCUCUCGCGUCGGUUCAGCGCGCCGCAUCUCAAUUUCUCGGAUCAUCAUCUCGGCUUGACGUACUGUUGAACAACGCAGGCAUCAUGGCCCAUCCAGAGAGCCUCACCAAGGACGGGUACGAAUUACAGUUCGGAACGAACUUCCUUGGUCACGCUCUCCUUAUCCGGCUGCUCCUGCCCAUCAUGCAGCGAACCGCGCUGCAGAUGGGGCCGGGGGACGUCCGCAUCGUGAGUCUGACAUCAGGGUCACAUGCUCGAGCGCCGCCGGCGGGGGUUGUAUUCGACUCGCUCAAGACAGACGCCAGCUCUCUCUCAGCAGUCGAAAGGUAUGGCCAGAGCAAGCUAGCCAACAUCUUAUACGCCAAGGAGCUAGCCUACAGAAUCCCUGAUAUUCGAAUAGCAUCUGUAAAUCCAGGAAUGGUGAGAACAGGUUUGACGAAUGUGAUGGGCAAGAACAACUUGGCCUAUCGUGUGAUCUUGUCUGUCUUAUCUCCCAUUAUGGGGGUCUCGGUUGAGGAGGGAGUCAAGGCACAGCUGUGGGCUUGCAUAGCUAAAGAUGUUAGGAGCGGAGAGUAUUACUCCCGCAUGGGAGAGACCGGUAAAGGCAGUCCUCACACCAGGGACCACAAGCUCGAAGACGAUUUAUGGGAUUGGACUCAAAAGGAGCUUGACGCAUUCUUGGCCUCGAGUCAGUCAUGA